UUAGGAGCGGAGUUUGUGGUUAGGAGCGCGCGCCAAGUAAGACUCUACCCGGCACCCAAAUGAAUCCAGAUGAAGAAAAUUUUGAUGAUGACAAUGUCGAUGAUGACAUUGAUGAUAUUCCACCAGCACCGGGUGUCGGACGCGGACGCGCUCCACGUAGACGUAGAUUACCCCGCCGCGUUGUUCGGAAUCGAUGGUUGGAGGGUAUGCCCAAGUCUCGAACCGUAGAUGGUGUGGAAGAGGAGUACGACUCCUACGACGACGAUGAUGACCACGAGGACGAGGAAAUUGCCGAUAUUGCACUUCUAGCUCCUCAAAAUGAAUUGUUGGUUGACCGGCAUGGUAGACCCAUCAUCAUGCCAUAUACCGCCACAGAUUUGCAACCCCAAAAUCCGGCGAAUAAGGCAAUCAAUAAUGCAUUGAAAUCCAAAUUCCAGGCUCCAUAUCUCAACUGGACGGAGGUUAGGGCAGAUGAGCGUGGAUAUCAACAAUUUUGGAAUGGCUUCAGGUCGCAAGUAACUUGGCUGAAUCACCACACAUCGGCUAUUGAGCGUAUAUUCAACAAAAAAGCCACCAAGCGUCUGUCGACCUUACUUUUUGAAGCGCGGAAAAAGAUUAAAAAGGAUCCUUCAAAACCACCACUUUGGCUCGCUGGCAAUUCAUACCCUAUGCUGUGCCGCAGAUGGGAAGAGGAAGAGUAUAUUGCAAAGUGUAUAAAGAACAAAGCCAACAGAAAUACUGAUGAAGCCAAUCGUGCGUGCGUACACUCUGGAGGGUCUAAAUCUGCCGGAACGCUUCGUCUUGAGUUCAUCCAACAAUUUGGUCGUCCACCCACCUUUAUGGAGAUGAAUGACAUGAUGCACCGGUAUGCAGAUUCCGGUCAGUGGACGGGGGCAAGGGCGCAAGAAGUGUCGAGGUUGACGCAAAUUUGGGUUGAAGAAUAUAAUGCAAGCCAACUACGACUACCACCUCAUAGGCGAGAUAAUGAGGAUGUUCGUCGAAACAAGAUGUCGUUGGCUUUUGUUAAGAAUGCUGGUGGUCCGACUCGAGGUCGCAAAUUCGCUGCUGGGUGUACAUCUUCUCUAUAUGCAAGUGACCCAACUGGUUUGAGAGAUGUCACUUACACAUCUUCAUCUUCAUCGAGUACAGGACGCUCUCGUCCAACUCAAAGAGAGGAAACCGAUUAUGAGUAUGAAGCGCGAAUGAGGGCCACGUAUAGAGAAGAAUUCCGCGAUGAGUUCGAAGCAUCAUUUGAUGACCGGCUGCCGGAGUACCGAGAGGGUGAUCCAGUACUGAGUAUGAGCAUAGAGGAUAUGAGUCAGAUGCUUAAUGAACCAAGAUCAUUAAAUCCACAACAAGACUUCAUAAUCCCACAUCCAAAUCAACCCCAAGGCAACUUCUUCCCAAAUCAAGCCCCAAUUAACUUCGUUCAUAGGCCUGUGGCACGACCUCCUUCGCGAACGUCACUCCCCGGAGUCGUAAUACACGAGGGAGGUAGAGGCCGAGGCCGAGGAAGGUCGCGUCAGCCAACAGACACUGGCAAGGGGAAGCGACCACUAUAUCAGCCGCCUGACCAACGUUGA